GGUCCCCCUCUCCAAAAAGCGCAGUGGCCCCGAGCACCCACCACCGUCGCAAAAGCGCACCCGUGGGUCACCACCACCGCCCCACCAUAAUUCCAACCCUUCCUUUCUCUUCCUUCAUAUGAAGAUCCAACUCCAUGAUAUUUUCAAGCCGCGACUUUGUUACCGUGAGCCGUUCCGAGAUGCAGCAGUCUGCGGCGAGCGCCAUCGCCGGCAAGAUGACUCGAGCAUGCGACGGAUGCGUUCGCCGCCAAGCGCGCUGGUACUGUUCUGCCGAUGAUGUUUUUCUUUGCCAGAUAUGCGACUCCUCCGUCCACUCUCCCAAUCCCGUCGCCCGCCGCCACCAACGCCUUCGCCUCAAACCCGCCACCUCCUCCUACUCCUCGUCAGAUGUGGAAGCUAAGACCGAGGAGUUGAUCUUUGGGUGGCUCAAGCGCAAAGCGCGAACCCCGCGGCCUCACCAGCAAGCGAAGCCGGCGCAACCGCUCGUGCCGGACCUUCUUGAGAAUUCACCCGACGGGAACUGCAGUGAGGAGGAGCAGCUCCUCUAUUGUGUUCCGGUCUUUGAUCCCAUGCCCGCUGAGCUAUGCUCCCCUCCCUGUCUAAAUGACUGGAAUUCGUCAGAUGAAGACCCGAAGCUGGUGGCCGCGCAGUUGCCGGACAACGCUAUCACCUACACCUCGCCCGUGGAUGCCACCGGGAGCAGGCUUGUCGGGUUUGUCCCAUCGGACGAUGAGCUUGCGGAAUUCGCGGCUAACAUGGAGAGCCUCCUUGGUAAGGGGCUCGACAACAGCGAGAACCCGUCCGAGCAUGGCACCAAGGCUGAGCUGGACAAUGGUAUGGAGAUGGCCACCUCGAGGCAGUCAAUGAAGAAGGGAGAGAAGGCGGUAUCCAGGAAGAAGGUCGCACUCAGGCUCGACUAUGAGGCAAUCAUGGCGGCAUGGUCCAGUUCGCCGUGGACUAAUGGAGCGCGGCCACAGUUUAACCUGGACGUUUGCAGCUGGCCAGACAUGGGGAUGUGGGCGGGAGAGGGAGGGGAAGACAAGGGAGGAGGGCGGCAGGAGAGGGAGUCGAAGGUGACGAGGUAUAGGGAGAAGCGGAGGACGAGGCUGUUCGCGAAGAAGAUACGGUACGAGGUGCGGAGGCUGAACGCGGAGAAGCGGCCGCGGAUGAAGGGCCGCUUUGUGAAACGGGCGUCCAUGGCGCCGACACCAGCUUUUGCUGGACCAGUUUUAGACUAAAAUGUCGUUUGAUGCAUUACAUAGGGAAUAUUGAUACGAUAGAAACGGAAUCUUCUACGAAAUUCAAAAAAAUAUGAUACAAUACUGUACAUAUAUUGAAAUAUUUAUAAAAAAAUAAUUAUAUAAUAUUUAUGUAAAUUAUUCAAAUAUUUCUGAAAUUUAUUUAUUUAUUUUUUUUAAUAUUUUAACGUGCACGCGGUCACUCAUCUUUUAAUGAAAAUGUGAGGCCUGGCCCAAGCAACGAAUCCAAAGCCCAAAACAAAAAAAA